AUCCACUUUAUAGAAGAAGAAGAAGACCCGCGGAGUUGAUUCUUUUAAAUCUGAUUCUCUGAACGACUAACUUCUCUUUCCUGAUUUGCUAGCUGUUUUAAAUGAAGCCGUGUUGAUUUACACUGGUAGUUUAUGUUUUAUUGUCAGAGUUUAUAGUCAGAAACGGAAGGUCGGGGAAGAUUAGCAUCGACUACAGCGUGUGGGACCACAUCUGUGUCUCCGAAGAUGAAGACGUUGCCUGUCCGUUCGUGGACACGCCGAGCUUGUUCAGAAUGAAACACCAGGACAACAGAGACACUUGUUCUAGCUGUGAAAUUUGGAGUCCCAAUCCUGGCCAGGCUGGAGAAGACGGCAGAGUUUCAGCAGAGGGGUGAAUAUUUGGAACAUAACUUUGCAGAAUGGCAGAGGCUGCUGCAGGAAGCCCAGAGAAGACUUGGACACCUGGAAGAACGAAUGAAGGAGGGAGGGGAGGAUGAGGAGCGAGAGGCUGAGCUGAAGAAGGUCCAGGCUGAGGUGAAGAAACUUGAGAAGGAUGAAAAGUCCUCUUAGAAUAAUAUCAGCAAGAUGUGAAGGAACUACCCUGGAAUGUAGACACCGUCAGCAGAGAAGGUUCCAGCAAGAGUGUUCUCAACAUCCAACCUGAAAUUAACAAGGAAAGGCAGCAGCAGAAGGUGAAGAAGCACAAGACGUUCGUGGAGAAGUAUGCCAAAGAACUCAAACACUUUGGUAUGCUGCAGCGUUGGGAUGACAGCCAGAAGUAUCUGUCCAACAACCCACAUCCGGUGUGUGAAGAGAGUGCUAAUUACCCUGUUGUCCUCUGUAUUGACUUUGAGAUAGAUGAGGUGAUUGCUGGUAAUAGUCAAUAAAAAACACAGCUCAGCCUUACAGAGCCUGCUGAAUGAAGCUUGUCCUUGUAGAAACAAGGAGCAGAUUGCACAUCAAGCCCUCGUCAUGCAGUUUGUCUUGGAUUUAGCUUGGACUCUGAAAGUUGACCCUAGAGGCUGCUUCAGACGAUUCUUCUCAAAGAUCAAGACUGCAGAUAAACCGUACCAAGAUGUCUUCAAUCGAGAGCUGGACCGCAGGUGUGUGCAAGCUCGUAUGGAGGGAGCUAUGAAGGAGCUGGAGGAAGAGGAGAGGCAGAAGAGAGUGGAUCCUGAGGGGUUAGACCCAUUAGAGGUCUAUGAAUCAUUACCCAAGGUGAUGCAGAGGAGUUUUGAUGAGAAGAACAUUGAGAUGCUGCAGGAUGUGAUGGACAAACUGGACCCCGUGGUGAGCUGGUGUCUCUUCCAGAAAUAUUUCUUUUAGGCAAUCCACAGUUUUCCAGUAAUUCUGAAUACGAAGUUGAACUUGUUUCAUUGUGUAAACAGGAGGGAUGGUAGCACCUGAAGAGAUGUAUUGACUCUGGGUUGUGGGACACUGACUUACAGAAGGAGGAAGAUGAGGACAAAGAUUAGAAAUGAUACACUAAAACUGUUCACUGUUUAGUUGCUUUCUAUGUUUGUGUGUCCAAAAGAUUAGGAAGUCAUGUAGUGUACAACAAAACUCAAGCUUUAGAUCUUUUUUUUAAAUUGAUAUAUCCAUUUAAAUAUUUAUAUUAGCAUCGAAAUAUUGAAUUAAAACAAACUUGUUAAUAAGAACCUCAGUUUAAUAUGUUGUAUUCAAAUAGGCAUUUUCAACUAUUUGCAAAGUAUUCUGUUGUUUUUGUUGAUUCACAUUUCACCGUUCUGCACUUUGCUAAAGACCUGUUUGACAUUGUCAACAUCUUAACAUCUGUUUGUAUAUUGUUCAGCUUGUGUGUUCAUUAAAGCAAUUGUAGACAGAGUUGUGUGCAUCUACCAUAUUUAAUAUUACAAAGGUUAAUGUAGAUUUGCAAAUUUAGACAAGUAUUGAUUGUGAGCUUGUGUGGUUUGUUCGAUCUGCUUACAGUGUCUUGCGAAAGUACUCGGCCCCCUUGAACUGGUCAAUCUCUUGCCACAUUUCAGGCUUCAAACAUAAAGAGAUAAAAUUCAAAUUUUUUGUGAAGAAUCAACAAGUGGG